AGUUCUGCACUUCAUUCGUGAGGUAUAUGGAUUUGAGGAAACAGUGGCUGAAGGUGUAAAGUUGGUUUUUGACAUGGAGCGGCGGGAAUUCGGCCUUUUGAUUAUAGCUGUCAUUUUGACAAGCGGAGCUGAAGCAAUGACUCGAGCACAACUGAAAAAUUCAGCGAAAAUGAUGAAAAAAAGCUGCCUGGGCAAAGUGGACGUCCCUGAAGAAAAUAUUGUUGACAUUGAAAAGGGAAAAUUCAUUGAGGAGAAAAACGUAAUGUGUUACAUCGCGUGCAUUUAUCAGAUGUCACAAAUUGUGAAGAACAACAAGUUGAGCUACGAGGCGUCCAUCAAGCAGGUGGACCUGAUGUACCCCCCGGACAUCAAGGACGCCGUCAAGAAGAGCAUAGAGCAGUGCAAGGACGUCUCCAAAAAGUACAAAGAUUUAUGUGAAGCAUCUUAUUGGACAGCAAAAUGCAUUUACGAUCACGACCCUAAGAUUUUUAUAUUCGCCUGAUAUGAUUAAAUAAAUAUGUCUGACACGGAA